UACGCUGAUACAAGCAUUUCUCUUCCAGUCUUCCCUCUCUCUCCGGUCCGCCGCCGUCAGAGAUGGGCCGUCCUCCGGCGAACGGCGGCACCGCGCCUCCGCCGCCGCCUCCUCCUCCGGGCCGUUGCCACUUCUGGCUCCCCAGCAAGCGCCGCCACUGCGCCAACUCUCCCCUCCCGUCCUCUCAGUACUGCGGGAACCACGCGCCGGCGUCCUCCUCCGAUUCGCGCCGCCGCGUCCCCUGCCCCGUCGACCCCUCCCACACGGUGUUCGAGGAGAACCUGGAGGCGCACGUCGGCAAGUGCCCCUUCAGGAAGCAGGCCGACGCGCUCGCCGCGCAGCCGUACUACUCCAAGGGCAUCAACUCCGGCGGGGGUGGUGGCGCCGACGUCACCUCCGCCACCAAGCGCGCCUUGGUGCACGGGCUCUCCGAGGAGGAGUUCUGGGGAUUGGUUGCGAAGAUCCGUUCGGCUCAUUCGAAGGCGGCCGUGGAAAUGCGCGAGGCGUAUGCCGCCACGGAUGCCUGCGAUAGGUGGAUGAGGGGGCAGGUUGAUAGGAAGGUGCCGUACCAGGAGAAGCACGUCGCGCAGCAGGUGUCCAUCGUUGGGAACAUGGAGACAUUUGGUUUGCUGACAAGGGGAGGCACGGGGGAUGUCGCAGAGGAGGUUGCGGCGGAGGAUGAUGCUCCAGCGGUUGUUGAAUUUGGCGCUGGGAGGGGGUAUUUGACUCAGUUACUGGCAGACUGUUAUGGGAUUAGGAACAUCUUCUUGGUUGAGAGACGAUCUUACAAGCUCAAGGCUGAUCGAAGUUUACGACAAAAUGAUGGUGUUACUUUGAAGCGUUUGAGAAUUGAUAUUGAGGAUUUCAACCUGCAUGGAGUAGAGGCGUUGAGUGGAGUUCAGUAUCUAGCAAUUGGAAAGCAUCUAUGCGGACCUGCAACAGAUAUGACCAUAAUGUGUUGUCUUCAUGAACAAUACAAUUAUACAGAAGAGAAAGUCCACGACAAACACCGUUUCCGGGGCCUUGCUUUAGCCACCUGUUGCCACCAUCUGUGCCAAUGGAAGCAUUAUGCAAAUAAAGCUUUCGUCUCAGGACUAGGGAUUACGGAGGAAGAGUUCCAUGCCAUGACGUGGUUUAGCAGUUGGGCUGUGGAUGGUGAUCACAGCUCCCGGGAUUCCUCUUUGGAGGCCGAAGACUCACCUUCUGAAGUCAGAGAAACAGAGAAGCCCGGUCCGGAGAUCACCAGGACCGAGCGACUCAUCCGCGGCAUACCGGGUGAGGAGAGGAGCGCUUUGGGGUUCAUGUGUAAAGACAUCAUUGACACCGGGAGGCUGCUAUGGCUUCGACACAAGGGCCUAGAAGCAGACCUGGUGAGCUACGUUCCAUCAAAUGUUUCACCAGAGAACCGUUUACUCGUCGCAAAGUGCAAGCAUUGAUUGGGGUAAUCAUCAUCAUCAAAUUGUAAUCUCAACCGUGAGAAAAUUUGGCAGAAAUCCCUUGUAAAACAGCGCUUAUCUUCACAGAUAAAAGCUUAUGAACUCCAAAGGAAAUUUGGUAUGGUACGAAGAUAACUGCUA